AUGCAGAAGCCUGCACACCCCGAGCUAUUAGCUGCCCAUUUACGUGGACGUCUCGAAUUUCCCCUCGACCCCAAGCUUCCAAAGAUGUCUACCAUUGCACCGCAGAGUCUUUCAUCUUCACUAUCUGUGGAUGAGGAGAAGUUUGAGCAAAACCGGGACAACGCUAUAACCGAUGAUUAUGUUGAUUCGCGCGUCUUGGAUCAAGGGAGGCGCCGCGGGUUCUGUCGCCAGUAUGUGAUUAUCGUAAGAUGCCUCCUGUUGACCCUUGGGGGUCUCCUGCUUACCGUCGUCAACGUUUCUUCAACCGUCUACUCCACCUCACACGUCAUGUGCUGGGAGUCGUCUGCUUCGUUUUCACAGGAGUCACUACAUCCCUCUUCCUCCCACGGCCACCAUGGUACAUCACCAAAUCUAUACGAGCCGUUGUUUCCGGCGAUGAAAGGAAUCAUGAAGUCACCAUGUGGCCAUACCGCCGCUGACGCUAGAGCGCGAGGUUGUCACUUUGACAUUAUCACUUUUUGCUGGCUACCAGACCGCUGCUACGAUCCAGAACUAUCGGACUCCUUCGAGAAGUUGGUCAACUGGAAGUGGUACCUUGAUCGGAACAAGUCUCUGCCAGUCCCCAAGGAAGAAGCUCUGCAGGGGGAAUUGGAUGGACUGUAUGUAAGUUGGGAGUACCAUGUGCAGCACUUUGUGUAUAUGCGGGAGAAGAUGCACUGA